UGACGAAACCAGGAAGUGUUUUUGUUACUCAAGGCGGAAGCGUAUAUUUUACUGAACCUGAAAGUGUUUUAAGAGAAAACGUUGUUAACGAGGAACAACACGGUUAUCAUUUACUAUUCACAGGACGGGGUGAAUAUUCAUUUUCGUUGCUGGUAGACCGGUUCACAAGUCACUUCACCACUGCGAUCACGAUCAGGCUCUUCCCACUGGGUGUUCGGUUUCUGACCUCGCUCACCAUCAGUGCCUGUGUGUCCAGACUCGGCUCCCAUCUUUACACCUCUAAGGUUUAGUUUUAGCCCAUCUCAUCCAUAACAAGUCUCCGUCUAUGUCAAUGGCUGGGCGCGGUGGAGGAUCAACAAGGCCUAAUGGUGCCACAGUGGCAAACAAAAUCUGCCAGUUCAAACUGGUUCUGUUGGGGGAAUCGGCGGUGGGCAAGUCCAGCUUAGUGCUGCGGUUUGUCAAAGGCCAGUUCCAUGAAUUCCAGGAGAGCACCAUUGGAGCUGCCUUCCUCACACAGACUGUCUGUCUGGACGACACCACUGUGAAGUUUGAGAUCUGGGACACAGCUGGUCAAGAGCGCUACCACAGCCUGGCUCCAAUGUACUACAGAGGCGCUCAGGCGGCCAUUGUGGUCUAUGACAUUACCAACACAGAUACCUUUGUACGAGCGAAAAACUGGGUGAAGGAGCUUCAGAGACAAGCCAGUCCCAACAUAGUGAUUGCCUUGGCUGGAAACAAGGCAGACAUCGCAAACAAGAGAGCUGUGGAACUUCAGGAGGCACAAGCAUACGCUGAUGACAACAGUCUACUCUUCAUGGAGACUUCAGCCAAGACUGCCAUGAAUGUCAAUGAAAUUUUCAUGGCUAUUGCAAAGAAGCUACCGAAGAACGAUCCUCAGGGUGGAGCUGGACAAGGGGGCCGGACCAGGACAGGAGUCGAUCUACAAGAAGCUGCUCCUCAGGGCCGCAGCAGCCGGUGCUGCGGCGGAGGCAAUUAGCAAGUACAAAACAAUGAACUUAGUAAGCGAGCCCUGAACAUCGUUUAAAGGACAGCACGUAGCUAAAACCGAGAGGCAGGAGAGGGCAGAGCCACUCGCCACCCCUGCACUUAAACUGAGAUUACAGAUGAGAUUAUCUGGACCCUCUUUGAUUUAAGGAACUUUUUUUUUAAAAGAAUCAUAAGCUAGAGGGAAUUACCAAGAUCCCUCCCUACUUCUCUUCUGUCUCCCUACCCCCCGUGUAUCUAUCUACCUCCCUCAUCUUCAGCCUCUGUCUCAGUUGAUUGAAUUCUGUCUUAAAUAAUCUUUUUUGAUGGGUGAUGCUGAGGUUGUUUGCCAUUUUCCCCUAUGUGUUUGAGUGUGUGUCUUUAUGUAUGUGUAUAAUAAAUACACAUACAUGUAUAUUGGCAGUUUCCCUCUACAUUGAUCAUCAUUAUGAAAGAAACAAAUACCCAACUACUAAUGCUGAAACUGCAAAUGACAGAGCCAUCAAUCUUAAAAGUUUUUUGUCUUAUUGCAAUUUAGAUCCCAGCAUUAUAUUCUUUUUACAGACCUGGAUAUUACACAGUUAUAAGGAAAGCUCUAGACUUUUCUUUUUCAAGCAGAUCAUGAUUUAAUAGGCUACACGUCUGAGGGUGUUUCUGGACUGUGCAACAAAAUGCAGUUGCUUGCAUUCAUUGUGUACUGAUAUAUGUAACACCAGAGAGUUGUUAGCCUUUUUUAAGAGAAAUAUGAAAAUAACUUGUAAAUUUAAAAAAAGAAUAAGUAAUAAAUAACAUUCAAGAUUCA